AUGGAGGGUUUGCGAUCAGCAGAAGAGAGGACGCCAAAAACCCGCGGAGAGCAAAAAAGAUCCAGCAGGCACGCACCGCCAGUGAGCGGUUCUCUGGAUGCAGGCCGAGGCGGCCUGGAUUCUGGCGUCAGGGUUGACGAACAAGAAAAGAAGAGCAUCAGCUUGUUAACCUCGAGACGCUCCGUUUGUCACCACAGUAGAGAAGAGCUUGUGGCUGCCCCAAUUCCUCCUUCACCGUCUUCGGUGUCGACACCAACCUGGUCUGUUCCCUGUCAGAGGAAGUCAUCUUCUGCGCGAACUUUGAGCCUUCAUUUUGCUCCUCUGCCGUCACCCAUUUCUCUUUUCUCACGACGAUGGAGUUCCUUUACGCGGAAGCAUCGAGCAAAACUACACAACCCUUCAGUUCAUCAGUCUGCCUCAUCUUCUCAAAGGGGAGAUGAACCUUCAUCCUUCGGCGAGACAGAUGCGUGGUCCUCUUCCUCUCUUCCCGUCACCACAGAAGGGGAGACAAGCGAGCGCAGAGAAAAUGCUCGAGAACAUGAUAUCCGGGAACAGCUUUGUAGAGCCGCCCGGGGGCUCUCUCUGUUUUCGAGGCAAAUUGAUUUCGCUGAUUUUACUAGGGCCACAAGUUUCGAGGUUCUCGUCCAAUAUCUUGCUCAAGCACUUCUCACGUUUCGGCUGCAUCCAAGUACAACCGAGCACCGUGAGGGUUUCUUCAAAUCUGCCAUCUGUAGAUGCUACCAUGACUCUUCUCGAGAUGAAGGAAUCAAUGACGGACGUGCGAGGUCACUCCCCACUGGGCUCUGCUGUUGCCGGGGACCUUUUAUUCAGCCGGAGCCGCAUGCUAGUGACGUGCUUCCUAUCCGGUGUCGACCGCAGCCUCCCUUGAUUCUCUCGCAGAUAGUUCCAGCACCGUUCCCUCUUCAGCUUAGAAAUGAGGACAGGACUGAGGCCACCGGCCUUCUUGGUGGCCUUUUCGGUUCUACAGCAGCGAGACAUGCAGCCGUUCAACAACCGGCAGGUGCUGCGCAACCCGUCGCUCUGAGGUGUACGUACACGUUAGACGCUGGUGUCUGCGUUGGACCUGCGCCAGCAGAAGCAGCUAGGACGCGACGCGGUUCGUCAGACUGGUUCGGUCUUACCGCGUUUGCUGCUCGUAAUUGUCACGAGACAAAGGUCUUUCAGAGCUAUCCUAAUCCGUCCUUGUCGUCUCUCGAAAGACACUUGUUAGACACUGAAAGUGGCGCUCAUACAACAGGAUCACAUGUACCAGAGCUAGAUGAAGGCUACUGCAGGAAGCGGUGGGAAGCUAAAAGAAAAGCUCAGGCAGCUGAAGUGCGCCGGGAAUGUACUUCUUCUUUCCCUAGCCGCUGUACUUCCAUUCGCCGACUAUUUGGAGUCGGUGAGUACUUGACCAUUGAGGCCGUGAGGGUGUAUGCCGAGUCUACGCACGCGGACAGCAACGCCGGCGAUGGCGGUCUUACUUCGGGUGUACAUACAUCGCCAUGUGGGUCGUGGGAGCCGGUUCCGCUGACGCGAACGAGUGCUGGGAUGCUGCAGAAUGCCCUGUCUCUCGCGGUGGUUGAACUGCAACAUCAGGAGUGUCGCCAAUUCCACGAAUUUAGACAAAAACGCCUUCUGCGUAGACUCUCAGGAGAUGGGACGCUUGAGCCUUCAGACGAAGGUGGGGACGACGGACGCAAGCAGGUAGAGUCUGCUUCUUCGCGUAACCGCGCCAGACACGCGGGCUGGAGCGACACCGUCGAGAAACAGCAGCAGUUAUCCUGGGAGCUGCCGGUAUUCGCAGUGGUAGAUGCGGACCAGGAUUUGUUUGUCGGUUCCUACACCUCGUGGGCCUCAAAAUCGACUCAAGAGGCUCUCCCGCUCGGCGGUCAGGUGCCGGCUUCAAGCCCCGCGUGCCGGACAUUCAGCGAGAUUUGGAUUGAGAGAAGUGGGAGGGGAAGUCAAGGAGAGCAAUAUCAGCGGAUCUGUGGACAGUGUGACGAAGAAGGACGCGCGGUGUCUCCUUACGAAAGAAAGGAACACAAUCAUUGGGCGAUGAUACCAGAGCAGGGGAUUCCUCGGAGACAGAGAUCUCAUGGUGCACCUUGGAUGCUUCCGACAGUGUCAGGACAGUGCGAAUUCUUCGCCUUCAACGUCGUGAGGAGAGAAAAUCAAGACGUUGGUCUUACAGGUUUCUUCAACUACUUUGCAUGCACUGUGGGCGUGGGCACUCCGCCGGCGCUCUUGUCUCCUUCGGGUCGCCAGCGGCAGGCGUCGCUUCUUCGGGCCCUUCAAGAGCGAACCCGCGUGUCUCUUCGGUUUACCUACUUCGUCGCAGAACUUCCGAGUCCUCCCGCUCGGCCUGCUUCUCUUCCUCGGCCCACGUUCUUUGCCAAAUCUGCCGCUGAACUGAGGCGCCAAAACCGUGGAAAGAAUCGCGUUGUGGAGGAAGAGGAACCGUCUUCGAUCGGGGGGGCAGGCGUGGAGGAGCUCUGGGAGUCAGCGAACGUGAUGGAGAGAACGACGAGGGGCGAUACCACUCUCCUUAAACAAGAGACUGACUUCUCUGACGAGUCAAGAGAUCAGGAACAGGACGGAGACGAAUGGAAGACCGCGAGUGAGGGGGAAUCGAGUGACAAGGCGGACGGCGGCGGCGACAUGCGGGCUGACGCGCCUUCGCUUUCUGUUUUUUUGCAUACAUCUCAAAGUGGAGGAGCCUCUGGAGUCCUCAUCCGAAAAGAUCUCCUGCUUCUGCUCUCCGUGGCGACGCCCGACCCUUACGACUCUCUCCAUUUCUGCCGCUCCCUGCCCUUUCGUCCUCUUCUCGCCUACCGAAGCUCAGGCAGCAACGCGUCUGGCCGCAGUUGCUUCACAGGAGACUUCAGCGAGUGGUUAGGGCCUCAAGAGCUUCCGGAGGCGACCCUAUUCGCCUGCACCCUUCGUCUCACAGCUCACCGGGCUCUCCUUCAGCGUAUCCAUCGCUUGCACCGUCUUCUGCUGCAGGGUGAGCUCUGUAUCACCUGUGCAUCUCCCUCUUCCCCCUCCUCCAGAGACGAGACUCGACAGCCACCGAAAGCAAACCUAGCCGGUGACCGCUCAGAGGUUUCCUUGGCUUUUUCGCGGCGGCCUGCUAGUGCCGGCGGGCUCGCGAAUUUGCGAGGCCUUGAGGCUGAGAAGGCGAAAGUGGAAAGAAGCGACGACUCCGACAAAACAAAGAGGAGUGAUCAGUUUCAGUUCAAGGCUCGCCUCGAGGCCCUAGCCGCUAUCGCACCUCUUCUGUGUCGGCUUCCGCCCCCACCGGAGACUGGCGAACUGUUUUUUUCUUCACCGGCUCCGGAGUUUUCGCCCGCAGCGAAAGCAGGCCUGCGUCAGUCUCUUCUGAGAGUGCUCGAGACGCAGAGACACCCCGGCGCACUUCCGUUUCCUCUCACAGCGCGGCUUUUCGGCCUCAGCCGGCUGUUCGGGCAAGCCCUGGAAGCGAGUGGAAGGUUCGCUUUCGACGCCGAGGACCGGAACUCUGAAGCUCCGCGACGAUGGCGUGAAAGACCUCUGCUGGACAACACUUUCUCACCGGCGGCGGCCUCUUGUUCACGUUCUCAGGCUUCACAGUUGAAAACCCACAGUUUUUCCCAGUUUGUGGGGGCUCCCACAAAUGCUGAAGGGCGCCCUGAGGGCAACUCUCCGUUUGUGGACAGCUCUUCGGGUGCAUCGACUAGAGCGAGGGACUUCCUUCCUCCCACUCCCGUGAGGCCUGGUGAAGGUCCAAGUGGCAGAGCCUCUCUGCACGGACAGGAGACGCAUUCACCCUUGCAAGCAUCGUUCCUGGAGACAGAGGAAACCGGAUGGUACACACAGAAGGCAACCAGAAGGCUGGCGAGGGAGCGACACGUAUCCGCGAGCUUUAGCGGCGCCCUCGACUGCCAGACGCUUGACUGCAUGCCUCUAGAAGCGGUGACCAAAGAUGAAGAAUCGGCUUCAGGUACUCUGGAGGCUCCUCCUCACGCAUCUGGCUGUGGUUCUGUUCUUCCAGCGAGUAGCGGCUACAGCAGCCCGCAAAGUCGGAUCGGCGUGGCUUUUUCGAGUGAGCGGGUGCAACUUCUCGGAGACCUUGGACGAGGAGAGGAAAGAACGAAGACGACUCGGGAGCCAGUGGAGAUUUGGGAGCCGAGGUUGAGUGGUGUUGGCGGAGACACGAGUCAAACAUCCUCGAGUGAGGAGAACGUUCGGCCUUCUCUGUCUGCAUGGGAAAUUCCUUUUCCCUUCGAGCCGGCCGAGUCGACAACGGGUGGAGACACGUCGUUCUGGGCUGGAGGCGAGAUCGCCUUUGGGGCGUUUGAGACGGGCGGGUUUCGUCGAGAGCGGAGUUUUUCUGCCAACGAAGAACUCUUCAUGCAGCGUGCUGUCCAACAACUGCUGCGUCCCUCCGAACCUGAAGAGCACAAGUCGCACUUACUUCGCCAGUCCCGCAAGUUGGCUAUUGUUGAAGCUCUUAAGAACCUGCGAGCGAGCGACGCGGCUCACUCUGAUGCAGCUCAAGGGCCAGGUUUCGUGGAGCGGGAGCAGCCGCGUUCCAGAGGAGAUGCACGAAGCGUUUUCUCACCCCGUGUUUCCUCAGAAAGUGACACCUUCCUGGCCUUCUCUCUUCUCGUCCGUGGCGCGCCUGCUAACUGUCUUCUGUCCGAGCUCGCUUUGGCAGUCGCAGGUCUCCCGACGCUUCUCCACGUCCAGCGAUUCUGGAGCCUCUUUGUCGUUGCCGUUCGAAAGGCCUGGGAGUCGCGUUCGCUUCUCCCUCGUCUUGCCUCUGCCGCGCAUCCUUCGCCUGUGCGACUCGGCGCCCAGAGAACCCUCAAGGCUGGCGAAGCAGCAGCCGGCAAAGACGCGGCCUUGGCCCGCGACUCGCCAGGCAGUCCAGUGGAGGGGCCGAGAGCGCGGGGGCUCGUGGAGAAGAGUUGUCGAAGAAAUCCAGAUCUAGGGGAAGAUAUCGUGAAGCAGAGAGAAGGAUUUUUCUCGAGACGCAGCUCCGACAGCUUGAAAGACAAGUUGCAGCGGUGGCGCUGUUCUCCAUCGUCCCUCGCCAGAACUGUGGUGGCUGGUCGACAUUCCAAAGACAGGCGAUCCGGAAACUCUCCGACCGCUUCGAGCCCCUUUCUCGCAUCAUCGCCUGCAGAUCGCUCUGCGACAGACGCUCUGCUUUCAACUGCUUUCUUUGUCGACGCGUCAAGCCUGUCGUCGCCGUCGUUCUCUUCCCGCUUUGCAUCUCCCGGAAGGGCUGCCAAGGCAGCCGCAGCGGUGGCGGUUGCUGCUGGGGCCUCCUGCGCCCCGGACGGGCCCGUUGGGCUCCCCGACUUCCGAGGUUGUCUCCUUCUCCAGCACCUUCAGCAGCUGAACUGCGCGAUUCAGCAGCUCCGCGUCGUCGCCUGGGAGGACGAGAGAACGGCGAGGAGUGCCUCUCUCGGCGAAGGCUCUGAAAGGCUGAACAACAACGGCGUGACUGGUGCUAGCCAAGAGAAAGACGAAGGAAGCUUGCGGAGACCCGAGAACCCGUCCGCCGCUUACAUGGGCGACACGAAGUCCACGGGACCCUUCGAGAGCCAUAGAUUCCUCAACUGGACCUCCCGAAACGGACAUUGGGGACGAGCAAACAAUCGGAAGACACGAGGAAGUGGAGGGGUGCCUGUUCUCCUUCCAGGAAUGCCCCCCGUCACGGAGCUCACUCUGGCACUUCAUCGGGCGCGCCUGGACGCACAGCUCGUGACGUCAGCGGAACAGAAAAGAGAGAAGACUGGAUGUUCAGAUACCGGUUCCUUUGACUACCUCAGAGCAUGCCGAGGGGCCUUCGAGAGGGCUCGGACGGCAGAGUUCAAAGGACUACAGAAAAGCGAACUAGCACAAGCUUCUCAUCUCGGCAGUCCCUCGGUGUCUCCUAUGGCCCCGGCCUUCAGCGAAUGGUGUCUCCGAGCGCUGGGCCCUUUUCUUCUUUCUUCCUGCGACCUUCCUGCUCUUCUCGAUCGCCAGGAGCUUCUGCUGCGCAUGCGUACUGCGGCGCUAACUGCGGCGAGACAGACGGCCGCCCGCCUUUCUUCUUUCUCUGCUUUUCCCUGGGAGAAGGAAGAUGAGGACUUUCCCGCGAAAGACAGAGAGUCAGAGUGGUCCGUUCCACCGUCUGGCCGCGCCGAGGAAGGAAACGGCAACACGCAUAAAGCGGGGAAACUUUGCAUGAAGAGCAACGCAGCUGUGGCUGUCGCGAGAGCUGCCGCAGUUGCGGCGGAGGCCACUGCUAACCACGGCGUUAAGAUGAAGGAGAACAAGGAAGGUGUGAGGAAAGAAGCGAAGACCGUGAGAGCUAGGGGUGCUGAGAGGGUCUGGAGCGAAGCUGACUGCAGCAAACACUCGCUGCCACCAAACCGUUUUUUCGAUGCUGUGGUCGAAGGCGAAAUGGCUCUGCACUAUUUGGAAAGCGUCAGCGCCGUCGACCUCCUUCAGCAGCUGCUGUGUUGUCUCAUGACGGGCGCCGUCGAGACUUGGACAACUGCUUGCGCCUGUUCCCUCCUCGAUGCCGCAGUGAGGCGUACCUCGAGGCCUGCCCAGCCUGCUCGGCGAGGCUGCUCUUCGGCUCACAGAGCGCGUCCUCAACCGCCACCUGGAGAGCGAAGCGACUGA